AGGAAGGAUGUGAAGGGUGCAAAUGCCACAAUUGCUGAGCUUUUUCCCCAGGAAGCAGUUUUAGGUCCUGAUGCUGAUCUUGAUAGAGCCGUAACUCAAGUCAGUGAAGAAUUAAUAGAUGAUUAUCCUACGUCUGAUCCACGGUGGGCUGAAGCUGUACCUGAAGAUGCAGCAAAUUUUACCAACUCAUCCAUCAUUAUUCUUCACCAGCUGGAUAAUAAAUCGCAAGCACAUUCUAUGUACAUUGAUUUUCUUCGCCAGGUUGAUCUCUUUGGACGUCUGGGUUGUGUUCAAGUAAGAGGCAUCCUGAUGGCAACUCGGUUAUUACUUUGUGAACAUGCAGAAAAAUUAGCAGCAGCUAUUGCUCUCAAGAACUAUCAUUACAAAUUGCCAGAUCUUGUGACUUCUGCAAUACAGAUUGCUUUGAACAAAAGAGAAGAUGACAUUCCUUCGGGUCUAACACCUGCUGAUGUUUUCUUUAGAGAGGUUUCUCAGAUAGAUACUAUUUUUGAAUGCUUACUGGAAAAGGAAAAACAAGUCUUGAAGGAUACAUCAGUUCAGUCUGAGGAAUGGGGUAAAAUAGUUGUCGAUGUAAACAAUAUCAUAAAGGAUAUGCUAAAAGCUGCUAUCCAAGAUCGCCAAUCUAAAACUUCUUUAUAUAAAAUAAGAGAUCCCACUGAAGUUGAACCUGAGUAUGUACCUUGGACAGCAUCUGUUGGUGUGCGAACAACAAUAGUGCAGCAACAUGAAAUCAUUCUGAAGAAGGUUUAUCCACAGGCUAACAGUAAGCUUCGUAGCAUAGUGAUAGAACAGCUGGUGGCACUGCUGGAUUGCUUUCUGGAUGGUUAUGUUUCGCAGCUUAAAUCUGUGGACCAGCCUGAGCAUCAGGAACGUUAUAACAGUCUGCAUGUAGAAUAUGAACAGAAAAGAUCAGAAUUAUUGUUACCACUACUUUUGCUCAAACAAUACCAGCUAGCAGCUGCUCUUGCAGAAAAAUAUUGUGACUUUGAUAUUUUGGUACAACUGUGUGAACAGACUGAUAAUCAAAGCAGAUUACAACGCUACAUGACCCAGUUUGCUGAUCAGAAUUUUUCAGAUUUUCUGUUCCGUUGGUAUUUGGAAAAAGGAAAAAGAGGAAAACUGUUAUCACAGCCAGUUGCUCAGCACGGACAGCUGGCUAGCUUCUUACAAGCUCAUGAGCAUCUCAGUUGGCUACAUGACAUCAAUAGUAAUGACAUGGAUAAGGCUUACAGAACACUCCAGAAUUUAGCAAAUACAGAAACAAGGUACUUUGCGAAGAAGAAAACUCUUCUUGGAUUAAGUAAACUAUCUGUGCUAGCUUCCGAUAUAUCGGAUGUGAUGUUAAAUGAGAAAAUUGAAGAAAUUAUUGAACAAGAAUGCUUUUUAUUGCAUCAAGAAACUCUACCUGAACAGUUGUUGGCAGAGAAGAAGAUGAAUCUCAAUGAAAUGCCUGUUUUAAGUGCCCCCCAGCUCAUUGAGUUAUACAUAUGUGAUGAGAACAGGAAAGCUAAUGAGUAUGACUUCAAGAAGGCACUUGAUCUGCUGGAGUAUAUUGAUCAGGCUGAGCAAGUGGACAUAAAUUAUCUGAAACUUAAAAUACUUUGUAAAGCUCUCCUGAGAGAUGGCUGGUCCAGUUCGGAAGGCAAAGAUGAUCCCAUUGAAGCAUCUAAAGACAGUAUAUUUGUGAAAAUACUACAAAAGCUGAUAAAAGAAGGAGUUCAACUCAGCGAAUAUCUGCCUGAGGUGAAGGAUUUGAUGCAGUCAGAUGAACUUGGACAUUUAAAAUACAAUCCUUACUUUGAAUUUGUUCUGAAAGCAAAUUAUGAAUUGUAUGUUUUCAGAGACCAAGCAUGAGAAAUUUUGAAUUUUAGUAAGCCAGCUUCUUUUUUUAUAUUGUGCAUUGUUUUUGCAAUAAAGUCUCAAUUUUAAACAAUAACAUGAUUCACAAUGAUUAAGAACUGAAAUAGUAUCAAGAAGGUGGUGGUCUCAUAUAAAAAAGGAA